AAUACUUCGAGUGUACGUUGUAGCCGGGCAGCCAGGAAAUUCUGAAUCUCGAGUAUGGCAUUUGGGCAAGAGGCUUCAGAACAGCUGUGGCAGGAGCUCCUUGGCGGCUACAAUCUCAACGCCAGGCUCCUGGCGCUGCUCGGGGACCCCCUCGAUAAGCAUGGCCAGGAGGCAGCUUUGGCGAUGAGCCAAGAGCUCUCUCGGGUGUUCAUGGUGUCCCUGUACACCCUCAAGCCUGGCGAUAGUAGUCGGGUAGCACGAGUGAGAACGAUGGCGCCCGAGACAACGGUCACCGAGGGAAGUGUCAGUCAGCGCACUCCGGCGACAGAUGAACGCAUCUGCAGUGGCGAAGAGGCUGUUCCCCACCGAAAGCGCAUAGGUGAGGAGGUUAUAGAGAAGAAAAUUACAGCCUCGCCUCACAAGGAGGGUUACAGAUGGAAAAAAUACGGGCAAAAGAAUAUUCAGAAGAGAAAAUUUCCAAGAUCUCUACAUGUAUAUGCACUGUGCAGGCAGUACUACAAAUGCAUGUACAGCCAUGAGCGCGGCUGCAGGGCGAAGAAGCGUGUUCAGCAGCAGGAUAAUGGCAGCGACGCCCAUGGCCCAAUGUUUCAGGUCACCUUCAUGAACGAGCACACGUGCCACCAAGUGCUUCCCAGCCAAAACAGCAGCAAUAAUGCAACUAAUUUACCGGCGACGAACACUACUAGUACUAUGACUAGGAACGGCGCUCAUUCUGAUCCUGCAGCCCACAUCGGCGACAACGCUGGACUGCAAAACAAGAUCAUGACCUGCGCUCUCACCACGGUCAUCGGCGGAGCUCCAUCCCCGCCGCCGCCCGUGGAAGUGAGCCAGCUGAGUGAUUCGGCGUCGUACGUGCCGCCGCGCCUGCCGGAGGUCAGCAUGGGCUUGGAGUAUGAGACGACGGUGUCGGAGACGGGUUUCUCGUGCGGCUCCCCAAUUCCGCCUCCCGUCGAGGCACCUGCUGCUCCAUCGUCGUGGUCAUUGCCGCCGCCACUGCACAUGGAAGCGAGCUCGAGCUAUCUGGUCGGCGGCGGAAACAUACCGAGCAUGGACCCUAUGAUGAUGGAGGAGAUGUAUUUCCCGUGCGCCCCGCUAUUUUCUCCCGUUGCAGCUCACUCGUCGAUCAUCGGCUGCGACGAUGUGCCUAUGGCUGUCGUCGCCGGUCAGUGGUACACGGACACGUCGUCACCGUGGCCACAAUAUUAAGGCGAGGGGACGGGUGCACCGAACGAAUUACCGGCGCAAAGCGUACUACUUCUUCCUGCUAGUUGUCGCUGAUUUACUAUAAAUUUGAAUUAUACUAAAUCGGUGACAACUAAUAUGACGUUGUACUACAUCACAUACUCAGUCUCAUAUGUAGACGGCAAUAUGAACAUUGUGCAUUAGUCUUCGGGAUUUUGCUAGUUUAUGAGAAUUAAGUUUGUGCUCAGUUAGGCUGCUCGUA